UAUCUCGUGGGAAGGAUCAAGCGGUAUCCAAAUUCAACCUCCACAUUUCAGAUAACUCGUGUGGCAAUAAGCGGGGAUGUGUCUCUGAACCCCGGGCCCUCGGAAAAGUCCAAGUGUAGUGUGUGUUCAAGAACGCUGGCAAGAAAUCAUCGGGCUGUACUCUGUGAUUGUUGUAAAGGGCUAAGUCAUGUAAAGUGUGCGAAGGUGACACCCAGCGAGUACAAACGAAUUCAGGAUUUGCCAAUCAAGACUUGGGUCUGCUCAGCGUGCAUAACUAUCUCCACGCAUAACCUUUUACCAUUUCAUGGAAUUGGUAACACCACUCUUGAAGAUUUAUUCGUGAAUGAACCAGCUUUCAUGGAUUAUACAGAUCUGAUUGACUCUCAGGACCGUGAUUUUGCAAGCUUUAUGGCUACUCGAGCGAAGUAUAGCUCUAAUUUCUUGAUAGCACAUUUGAAUAUCAACAGCUAUCAGAAUAAAUUUGAAGAGAUGAGGGAAAUUAUACAAAAGUUAAGAAUUCAAGUGAUGUUCAUUGGUGAAACCAAAGUUGACUCUUCUUAUCCCGAUGCACAAUUUACUAUACCAGGGUACUAGCUUUACCGAAGUGACAGGAAGAAAGGAGGAGGUGGUCUCUUGGCUUAUGCGUCAUCUAACGUGAUCUGCAAACGGUUAAAAGUUCCUGCUAGCUACAUAACUGUCGAAUCCUUGGUUUUGGACGUUGAGCUCAAAGGGAGACGUGUUAUUGUGGCUGGCUUGUAUCGCCCUCCCAAAUCUCUUGUAAACACGUAUCAAUUUCAACUGGAAGAGGAGAUUAAUCACUUUUGUAACUGGGCUUCACUGCAGGGACAUGCAUUUGUGUUAUUAGGGGAUUUAAACCUUGAUAGACUCCGCCCUGAUAAGCCUGAAGGC